AGCGGUGAGCUCGGCGGCCAAUGAGCGGCAGGAGCUCCCUCUGCGCCAUGCCGCGGCAGUAGCAGCUCCUCCGUCCUCACCAGCGGGGAGACCCCCCCCUCCUCACAUCGUCUGUUCCUCCUCCAGCGAGCCGCGCCGGUUCUGUCCCGGUUCUUCUCGGCCGUGAAGAUGCCGAACAUCGUGCUUUUCAGCGGGAGCUCGCACCACGACCUGUCCCAGAAGGUGGCGGAUCGGCUGGGGCUGGAGCUGGGGAAGGUGAUCACCAAGAAGUUCAGCAACCAGGAGACGUGUGUGGAGAUCGGGGAGAGCGUGCGCGGCGAGGACGUGUACAUCGUGCAGAGCGGCUGCGGCGAGAUCAACGACAACCUGAUGGAGCUGCUGAUCAUGAUCAACGCCUGCAAGAUCGCCUCGGCCUGCCGCGUCACCGCCGUCAUCCCCUGCUUCCCGUACGCUCGGCAGGACAAGAAAGACAAGAGCCGAGCUCCGAUCUCUGCCAAGCUGGUGGCCAACAUGCUGUCUGUGGCCGGGGCGGACCACAUCAUCACCAUGGACCUGCACGCCUCUCAGAUCCAGGGGUUCUUCGACAUCGCGGUGGACAACCUGUACGCAGAACCGGCCGUCCUCCAGUGGAUCAAAGAAAACAUUCCUGAGUGGAAGAAUUGCAUCAUCGUGUCUCCGGAUGCGGGCGGAGCCAAACGGGUGACCUCCAUCGCUGACCGCCUCAACGUGGACUUCGCCCUCAUCCACAAGGAGAGGAAGAAGGCCAACGAGGUGGACCGCAUGGUUCUGGUCGGGGACGUCAAGGACCGUGUGGCCAUCAUGGUGGACGACAUGGCCGACACAUGCGGCACCAUCUGCCACGCCGCCGACAAGUUGAUCGACGCCGGCGCCACCAAAGUCUACGCCAUCCUCACGCACGGCAUCUUCUCGGGCCCCGCCAUCGCCCGCAUCAACAGCGCCCCGUUCGAGGCCGUGGUGGUGACCAACACCAUCCCGCAGGAGGAGAAGAUGAAGGCGUGUCCAAAGAUACAGGUCAUCGACAUCUCCAUGAUUUUGGCCGAGGCCAUCAGGAGAACCCACAACGGCGAAUCGGUGUCGUACCUCUUCAGCCACGUUCCCCUGUGAAGAAGAGGCUCCGCCCACUUCUCCCACGAGCGGCGGGGCUCAGAAACACGUGUUUUUGUUUUUUUAAAGAACACACACGCCGUCAGGGACUUGAUGGCCCAGCAGAUACAGCCAAACAACUUCUCUGAAGUUUCUAUUUAUGACUACUUUCCUGUUUGUUUGUUUUUGUUUACUUUGUGUCUCUGCAGCGCCGAGGCGUCGGCCGAAGGGUCCAUGCUGUCACCUCAUGUCGCCUUUUUGUUUGAAACGAUGCAUUCCUCCCUGACCGUGACAACAGAAGGUUUACGGCCUUUUCUCCUGCGUCACCAGGUUUAGCCUCUAACAGCAGCCGAUGCCUCGGCAGCAUGCGGAAGAACCUUACGCAGCAGUGGCGUCAACGUUGUCACAGGAAGUCUCACUGAUGAUUUAAUGAGCCGCUACGGACGUUCUGCUGUCGUUCCAACUUCCUGUCACCUCCGUAAAGAUGGACAACAUUUUUAUAGAGUUCACAUUCUGAGCCUGGUUCUGUCGCAGCUGGACCGGGUCUCCUCUGUUCAAUGAAGGCGCCGUUUAGUGAUGAAAUCAGAAACGUGAUAAGUUUUAUUUUUUUUAUGUGUAAAACUAAAGCUUUCUUUUAAUAAUAAAGCUUUGAAAAUGGG